AUGUCGACCGACAAGAAGACCGAGAAGAAGACUGACAAGUUUGCCAACUCUUCUUUCCAUAGAGAGGGAUUGAAACAGUCUCGUCUGGAGUACGUUCCAAAGCCACCUCCCAAGCCUAAAGCAGUGAAAGCCAGAGAAUCUCAGUUCGUGAAAGAAUUGGUUGAAACUGGGAAACCAAAUUGGAAAUUGGCACCAAAAGAAGUUAAGUCAAGGUACUAUGGGAUAUAUAUGAUACUAUUGGGGCUUCCCAUUUUCUUGGUGCUGUCAACUGUUCUUUAUAGAAGGUUAGAAGGUAAGUCUACAAGGAAAGUUCAAGAGGGAGAAAUCCUAGAAAAUGGGGAUGUUCGUAAAUUUGAUGAAGCUGAAAAAUGGUCUACAGAAAAGAAUAGUAUUUUAUAUAAGAUCUUUGGUAGAGACUUCUUUUUGGACGGUUUCACUAGUAAGACCAUGGGAAAUGCUACUGAUAAUGAUAAGGAUAAGAAAUAA